UCUCUCUCUCUCUCUCUCCGUCUCCUCCCUCCUUUUCCCUUUAAACAGAGUCCAUCUCGCCCUGUCUCCUUCCUCUCUGUCCUUAGUCCUAUUUAUGCAGCUCUGAACCAGCUUUUUCUUCCACCCUCAUCUUGUAUUUUUCUCAGCUUCCGGAUCGAAACCCAAGAUGGGUUGUCGAUUCCAGGCUUUGCUAACCUUUCUCUUCAUUUCUCUUCUGCUGAUUAUUUUGUCCCUACAACAAGGGAGAGCAGAGGAAGCUCAGUCCUACAAUGGGAGCAGUUCUGGAGCUCAAAUGCUUGUGGGCCGCUGUAAUCUGUUCCAAGGGAGUUGGGUCUUUGAUGCUUCUUACCCUCUCUACAAUUCUUUCAGCUGUCCCUUCAUAGAUCCAGAGUUCAAUUGCCAAAAGUAUGGUAGACCCGAUAAGAUGUACCUCAAAUACAGGUGGAAACCCAGUGAAUGUGACCUGCCAAGGUUUAAUGGAUUGGAAUUCCUGAUGAGAUGGAGAGGGAAGAAGAUAAUGUUUGUGGGUGAUUCACUGAGCCUGAACCAGUGGGAAUCUCUGAACUGCUUGAUUCAUGCUUCAGUGCCCAAAGUCAGAACUACUGUGGUGAAGAGGGCGCCUCUUUCUUCAGUGACAUUUGAGGACUAUAGAGUUACGGUGCUGCUGUACCGGACCCCAUACCUUGUGGAUCUCGUCCGUGAAAAGGUGGGGCUGGUUCUGAAGAUUGAUUCCAUCCAGAAUGGGAACGCGUGGAGGGGCAUGGACAUGCUGAUCUUCAAUUCCUGGCACUGGUGGACCCACACAGGAAGAUCCCAACCGUGGAACUACAUACAAGAAGGCAACAAGUUGUACAAAGAUAUGGACCGUUUGAUUGCAUAUUAUAAAGGACUAACAACGUGGGCCAGAUGGGUGAACCUUAACGUGGACCCCGCUAAAACCAAGGUUUUCUUCCAGGGAAUCUCUCCCACCCAUUACCAGGGAAAGGAUUGGAAUGAACCAUCAAAGAGUUGCUAUGGAGAAAUGAAACCCAUGUCAGGGACAAUCUACCCGGGAGGUAUACCUGCUGGGGCAAUUGUGGUGAACAAAGUGUUGAGCAGGAUCAAGAAACCAGUGUAUUUGUUGGACAUAACAUGGCUCUCGGAGCUCAGAAAAGAUGCACAUCCUUCCAUGUACAGUGGUCAGCACAGUAACCUUGACUGCAGCCACUGGUGUCUCCCUGGACUUCCAGAUACUUGGAACCAGCUCCUUUAUGCCGCUCUCUACCAUUGACACCAACAAACCGAAGAAACUAUUUUUUAAACUCCAACUGUGUAAUGUUUGCUUCCCAUUCCUCAAAAUUUCUCUUUUUGGGUUAGUGUGCAAUAAUGGGCAUCAUAUAUAUUUCAACUGUAAAGUAAUUGUUUAAGCCAAAUGAUUCUCCUUGGCAUUAAAUCUUACCUUAAGUUAAUGGAAUCUUAGAAAACCAUAUAUUCUAUACUC